CCUGCCUCAGCCUCCUGAGUAGCUGAGACUACAGGCAUAUCGAAGAAACACCAGCAACGUACCACAUUCACUCAAGAACAGUAUGAAAAACUGGAGGCUCUGUUUGGCCAGACCAUGUUCCCACAUAAAAAUCUCCAGAAGGAACUAGCUUUGGAACUCAACCUACCGGAGUCAACAGUGAAGGUUUGGUUCAGGAACAGACGAUUCAAAUCAAAGAAGCAGCAGAAGAAGCAGCAAGAGCAGCAGCAACAGCAAUCAUCAAAGCAACCAAACCAGAUUCUUCCAAUGAUGAAUAUGCCCACUUCAUCCAGAAUACUCACCCAUCCUUACUCUUUUUUUCCUGUGGUUUCAGGUUUCUGCAGCUACUUUGCACCUCAGUCUUUGGAUCCUUCCAAUUGGGCAUGUGGGUGUACCUUCACUGAGAGUCCCACAAGUGAUUUCCAAAUGCAGGAUCUUCAGUUGGAGAGGCUGGUGGCCUCUGUUCCUCCUUUGUUCCCUGAUGCUUAUGACAUAGGCCAAAUCAUAGAAAUGUACAGUUUUCCUGAUGAGGAUGAGAUAUCCUGUUCCUUCCAUUGUCUAUAUCAGUAUCUCUCACCCACAAGGUCCCAGAUAUAAGGAUAGGGUUCCUUGAUCAGCACCCUUGCUAUUCCAGCUGUAGGUCUAUCUCCUAGGCAAGCCUGGUCCAGUAUGAAGAGCCAAAGCUUUGAAGAUUAAAGUCUAAGAGACAGCCUGGAAUUCCGGAAUACCUCCAAUAUGGUAGACUUUGGAUUUCUCUGA